GUUAAAACGUGAGCAUGUGGAAGCAAUUACCGGCUGCAGGCUGGAUCGCUUCUCUCUCGGCUUGCCGGGUGCUACCAGCCAAGUCUGUUUCUACAUCAACCAACGCCACAAUAUUACCUCCUCAUCUGAGUGCGGAAACCUCAGGAACUGCACAGUGGUGCUCUCUCCAUGGAAAUUUGUUUGGGAGGGGAUCUCGAUUCAAACAGUGACUCAGUCGCAGACACCAAAGAGGAAAUCCCAUAUGGACUUGUAAUGUGGAGUGUGGAGUGCUCAGCACUACAUCUGGGAGGGGUCAGGAGGUUAUUGAUAUUAUACUGCUGGGACUGGUGGAAACGCAUAAAUAGCUGCAAAAAGCGCAGCUAUCUUGCAGUCUUUCUCUGGACGCCCGGGGACAGGUGACCUCCACUUAAGUCUUCUGUAGAAAGCCCAUCUGUCUCUGCAAACCCGAAACGAAAAUGGAAAAGAUCACAUCAACAAACUGCUGGCUGCAUUGUGUCACCCUGAUGCUGUCUGUGCUGCCUGGAGUCCCUGCGAUGCCGGUAGAUGUGGACCGUGUGUGCAUGGCGCCGUCCACAGCCAAGUACAGACUGACGUUUGCUGGCAAGUGGAGUCAGACUGCCUUUCCCAAGCACUACCCUCUGUACAGGCCGCCUGCUCAGUGGUCCCCCAUAUUUGGAGUAACUCACAGCUCAGACUAUCACAUCUGGGAAAGGAACGAAUACGCCAGUAAUGGGGUGAGAGAGUUUUCUGAGAGAGGAGAGGCUUGGAGUCUUAUAAAAGAGGUGGCGGCAGCUGGGGAGCAAAUCCAGAGCGUCUACGGUCUCUUCUCAACACUGCCUGUAGUUGGAGGGACUAACCAGGCCACCACGGAAUUUGAGGUUUAUGCAAGACACUCUUUGUUGUCAUUCAUUGUNUUAAAAAACUGGGUCACAUAA